CCCAUUUGAUAUGUCUCACGCGCUAUUGACGGAUAUAUGUAAUGUGUAACUUAUCUCCUGGAAUUACCUUUUCGUAGAGCGGUCAAAACAGUAGACGGCUGCUUUCAGAAUGUCUCAUCCCAGCCAACCUCUCGAGGUGUUCCCUCCGCCCUCCGGCUUCCGUAGCCCCAUUACAAGUGUCCGCCGCGAGGGUACGUACGGGUUCUACGGUCCAGCCUCCACCCCCCGCCUCGCUGUCUCUGCCUCCGACUUCAUCCUCAAGCACUGCACUGCCGACAAAGACGGCCUCGUCCGGGCCCUCUCCUCCUUUCUUGAUCACGCGGCUGCCCACGCCCGGCAACACGCCAGUUCUACCGACCAAGAUAGCAUCACCCACUCGACCUGGCUGUGCGUCCGUAUUACCGCGCCUACGGAUGCCUGGUCUGUUCCCCGAUGGCACCGCGAUGGUCGCAUGUUCGGCUGCGUGUGCGCGUCGCCCCGGCCGCACGCAAAAUAUGCCAUGACGCUGCUCGGCCCGCCGACGCGGAUGCUCUGGCCAGAGGAGACGGUCGACGCCGCUGUGAGCAAGGUGGAGGCACAGUACCGCGGCUUGGGAAAGGGCGAAAACGACUACAAUUACGAAUCUGAGGAGAAGGAGCGCGCAGACCUGGCUGAGGCGCUGGAGGGGAUCCCCCUCGUCGAACUCCACGCGGGACAGAUUGUUAGGUUCACGUGGGGAGAAUCCGAUGCGCCGGUGCACUCAGAGCCGGAUAGCAGUGCCGAGGCCAGGUUGUUUGUGAGCGUCAUGUUUGGCUCUGAAGCAGAGUUGAGGGAUAUGUGUAGCAUCAGGGAUGAGGUAUACGGACAGGAGAGUACUUAGACCUCCCAACGGUCUUUGGUGUAACUGGAACUACGACGUUUUCAUGAUAAAUACGCAAUCCAUUUGUCGUGAUAUAAGCCGUAAUUGCGCAGUGGCAAUUACGGAUCCGCUUUUGUCAUCA